AUGGUGGAGAAUGAGACAGGCCUAUCUAUCAAGUGUCUACAAACAAAUAGAGGAGGUGAGUUCACCUCAUUUGAAUUCAAUAAAUUUUGUGAACAACAUGGCAUUAAGCGGCAACUGGCGACUACUUACACCCCUCAACAAAACGGUGUAGCUAAACGAAAGAAUAGAAUAGUAAUGAACAUGGUUCAUGCAAUGCUGUAUGAAAAGAAAGUUCCAAGAACACUUUGGACAGAGGCAGUGAAUUGGAGCAACUAUGUGCUGAAUAGAUGUCCAACCUUGAUGGUCAAAAACAUCACACUAGCAGAGGCGUGGAAUGGAAUUAAGCCUUUUGUUGAACAUUUUCGUGUCUUUGGGUGCAUAGCACAUGUUCAUGUGCCAGAGGGAGAUAGUGAUGAAGAAGGAGUAGAUGAUGUUAAUAAUAAUGACACUGAACAUCAGGAUAAUUAUAGUGAGGAUAAUGAGGGAAAUGCAAGCAUUGAACAAAGAGAGAUUGAAGCUAAUGAGGGAGAUGUAUGCACUAAUAAUAGAGACAAUGAAGAUAAUAAAGAAGGUACAAGAAUGAGAAAUCCUCCUACGUGGAUGAAGGAUUAUGUUACUGGGGAGAGUCUCGGUUCUUCUGAAGAUGAAGAUUUGGCUUUGAUAAUGUCUAGUGAUCCAUUGCAUUUUAAGGAAGCAGUGACAGAUGCAAACUGGAGAUCAGCUAUGGAUAAAGAAAUCAAGUCUAUAGAGAAAAACAAGACAUGGACAUUAGUUCAUUACCCGCUGAAGUCAAGAAAAUUAGGCUGA